GCCGCACUAGACCACUCGUCACGCUCUUUUGUCUCAGCCGCAGAGAUAAAAGCUGCCGCCGCUGCCUUAGGAACCGCGCUGCCUCGUCUCGGCUACCCCUGGUUGGGCAGCCCUGCGAAGCAGCUCCUUUGAGCAGCCCCGGGUCGCUUAGCGGCCGAGGAGGCUCCGGUUCUUUCCCCCUGCAGGGCGGAGGAGACCAGAAGGCGGAAUCCACAGCUGGCGACGCGGGAGCAUUAGCUGUCCACCAGCGGGGCACAGGCCAUCAAAGCCGCAUCUGAACUUGAAUUCUGUACAGCUGAUUGCAGAGCUGGACCCGGAUCUGCCACCCCCUGUGGACAGAGGUUGACCUCCCCCCCAGACGAGCUUUCUCUCGGAGAGCACUGGUUGGAGACUGGAAAUAAAGCCCCUGCUGAGAUAGGAAGACCGAGCCGCCUCCUCUCCUCUCCCACCUGCAGAUUACGCUUUUCUAAAAAGCCUGGGCCCCUUGUAAUAUUCAGAUACCCUCUCGCUGUCAGUCAUGGCUAGCAUCAUUGCACGUGUGGGUAAAAGCCGGCGGCAGAACUCACCCUUGCCGCCUUGGCUCUAUUCCAUGAUGAGGUCCCUGGGGAGGAGUCUCAGUCCAAUAAUGGCCAGCAUGGCAGAGAGAAAUAUGAAGUUGUUUUCGGGGAGGAUGGUGCCAGCCCAGGGGGAAGAAACCUUUGAAAGCUGGCUGACCCAAGUCAAUGAGGUCCUGCCAGAUUGGAAUAUGUCUGAGGAGGAGAAGCUCCAGCGCUUGAUGAAAACCCUUAGGGGCCCUGCCCGGGAGGUCAUGCGUGUGCUUCAGGCGACCAACCCUAACCUAAAUGUGGCAGAUUUCUUGCGAGCCAUGAAAUUGGUGUUUGGGGAGUCUGAAAGCAGUAUGACUGCCCAUGGUAAAUUUUUUAACACCCUGCAGGCACAAGGGGAGAAAACCUACCUUUAUGUGAUCCGUUUAGAGGUGCAGCUCCAGAAUGCUAUUCAGGCAGGCAUCAUAGCUGAGAAAGAUGCAAACCAGAUUCGCUUGCAGCAGUUCCUUUUAGGCGCUGACCUUAGUAGGGACCUCCGCCUCAGACUUAAAGAGCUUCUCAGGAUGUAUGCAAAUGAGCAGGAUCAGCUUCCCACUUUCCUGGAGUUAAUCAGAAUGGUGAGGGAGGAAGACGAUUGGGAUGAUGAUGAUGCUGUUAAUCGUAAGCGGUCCAAAAGGUCUGAGUCAAUGGUGGAGAGGGCAGUCAGCCCCGUGGCAUUUCAGGGCUCCCCGCCAAUAUUAAUGGGCAGUGCUGACUGCAAUGUGAUAGAGAUUGAUGAUACCCUCGACGACGACUCUGAUGAGGAUGUGAUCCUGGUGGAGUCUCAGGACCCUCCACUUCCAUCCUGGGGUGCCCCUUCCCUCAGAAACAGGGCCAGACCUCAGGAUGAAGUGCUGGUCAUUGAUUCCCCCCAAACUUCCAGGGCUCAGUUUCCUUCCACCAGUGGUGGUUCUGGCUUUAAGAAUAAUGGUCCUGGGGAGAUGCAGAUGCGUAGAGCCAGGAAGCGAAAACACAUUCUCCGCUGUUCCUAUUGUGGUGAGGAGGGCCACUCCAAAGAAACCUGUGACAAUGAGAGUGACAGGGCCCAGGUUUUUGAGAAUUUGAUCAUCACCCUGCAGGAGCUGACCCAUACCGAGAUGGAGCGAUCCAGAGGGGCCCUUGGCCGAUACAAUAUCUUCUCUCAGCUUCUGUAAGGGACCAGCCCCCAAGUUUCAGUAAACCCUUACCUAUAUUCAGCAUCCAGCACUGGGAAAACUGGGGUGGGGUGGGGUGGGG